AUUUACUCGAUUCAUUUGGAGCACUGAUUCAGUCAGGAACAAAACACUGCUGUUUGCUGUUUGGAGAGGCAGGAUGUUUGUUGUUUCUGCUACGUCUUUGAGCCAAAACAGAAAGUUUGGUAGGCCUCAGUUUCAGCCAACAAUCAUCUUUGAUGUUCCACUGAAGAAAAAGUACAGCUUGGAUGAUCUGAGGCUCUAUCAGCUCGCAUGAGCAAAGUGUUAACUCGUCCAGCAUGGUCGUCAUGUACACUGACGGAAAGAGUCAACACCUCCAAAAUGUGAUUACAACAUUUCCAGACGUCAGACAAGUCAACGUAUUUUACAUACCCCUACAAACUGCGACAUUUUCAAGAUGUUGAAUCCGGGUUGGCAGCUGAUCUUUGGGGCAUCAUGGUCAAUGUGACGCCCAGUAUAGACCCAACGGCGGCCCACGAGGGGUACAACUACCUGGCUUUGAUAUGUGGCGUGCCUCUCAUCCUUAUUAUCAUUUUGGGGAAUGUCCUGGUAUGCCUCAGUGUGCUGACCGAACGCUCACUCAAAACAGCAACCAACUACUUCAUUGUCAGUCUGGCCGUGGCUGAUCUCCUGCUGGCCAUUCUCGUUCUGCCGCUUUAUGUCUACUCUGAGUUUCUGGGAGGGAUAUGGACCCUCAGUAUGUACAUCUGUGAUGCCCUGAUGACUAUGGAUGUGAUGCUCUGCACUGCCUCAAUUUUGAAUCUAUGUGCAAUUAGUGUGGACAGGUACAUCGCAGUGGUUGUCCCACUGAAGUACAACAGGAACCAAUUUAGUGUUCGUCAACUGGCCUUGAUCACCGCCACCUGGGUGCUUUCGCUGGGUGUAGCCAGUCCUGUCAUAUUUGGUUUGAACCAGGUGCCGAACAGGAAUCCUCAUGUGUGUAAACUGGAGGACAACCAGUUUGUAGUUUACUCCUCCGUUUGCUCCUUCUUCGUCCCCUGCCCUGUCAUGCUUUUCCUUUACUACUGGAUGUUCAGAGGACUCAAGCGAUGGAGCUCUGGUCGUAACCGCUCACACCUCCGCCGGCCACCCAGAGGCCGCAGGAGUCUGUCUUUGCGACUGGGAGCAGCUCUACAGAAGGAGAAGGGACGGGCAAGGGAGAAGGUGGUGUAUCUCAUGCCUGCAGGUCUCAGUCCAACAUCUCUUACUGCAACUCCAACUACUCCAAUCUCCUCAACAAGUCCGGUUACUCUCACCACCGACGAUCUCGCAGAAGGUCAGAUGCCAGGAGCAGAGAGUGACCCCAUGACCACGCAGAUGGACAGUGUGUCGGAUGCAGAAAACCCUGAGCGGGCCACUGAGGAUGAUAGUGGCAGGGAGAAUGGUGUAGGGAAAAACCAUCGGCCUCAUACAGGACGCCGCCACAGCAAGAGCAACAGGGUCAGCGGACGGGAGCGCAAGGCAAUGAAGGUGCUGCCUGUGGUUGUGGGUGUUUUUCUGGCCUGCUGGACUCCAUUCUUCGUGGUUCAUGUGACUAAGGCACUAUGCGAGUCGUGUGAUAUUGGACCAACACUGAUUAGCGUUGUUACAUGGCUUGGUUACGUUAACAGCGCUGUCAACCCCAUUAUCUACACUGCCUUCAAUGUGGAGUUCAGGAACGUCUUUCACAAACUUCUCUGCUGUCGUUCCUGAGGUUGAACGUGCAGUAAUUGAACCAUUCAAACAAUACUGAUCUUAAUACAAAAAAUCAAGAUCUGAGUA